AUGUCGACCCCGGCCGAAGACACGACGGCCCCGGCCGUCGCCAAUGUCCAUGUGGGCGACCUGGCGGCCACGUCCGACCUCGAGCGCAUCGAGGCGCCCGUUACUUGGAAGGCGUACCUGAUGUGCGCCUUUGCGGCCAUUGGCGGUAUCUUUUACGGCUACGACACCGGCUACAUUGGCAACGUUAACGCCAUGGAUGUCUGGGUUCAUGCGAUCGAGGGCCCCGAUGCUACGUCUCUAGGCUCCAGCCACCAGUCUCUCAUCGUCUCCAUCAUGUCCGUCGGUACUUUUUUGGGCGCCCUGGCCGCCGGCGACCUUGCCGACAACAUGGGCCGCAAGUGGACCGUCAUCCUGGCCUGCGGUAUCUACGCCAUUGGUGUGGUGAUUGAGAUCAUCACCGGUCUUGGCGACGCCUACGCCGAGAUUGUCAUUGGCCGUCUGAUUGCUGGCAUCGGCACCGGUCUGGAGUCGGCCACCGUCGUCCUGUACAUGUCGGAGAUUUGCCCUCGCAAGGUCCGUGGUGCUCUCGUCGCCGGCUACCAGUUCUGCAUCACCAUUGGUCUCCUGGCCGCCGCGUGCAUCACGUACAAGACCGCCGACUGGGACUCGGCCAACUCGUACCGCCUGCCGAUUGGUCUGCAGUUCAUUUGGGCCGCCAUCCUUGGCGGCGGCAUCGUCUUCCUCCCCGACUCGCCCCGGUUUUUCGUCAAGCGCGGCCACCUGUCCAAGGCCCGCCGCGCCCUGUCCCAGCUGCGCGGCCAGCCCGAGCAGUCCGAGUAUGUCGAGUACGAGCUGGCCGAGAUUGUGGCCAACGAGGAGUACGAGAAGGCGCUCAUCCCGGACACCACCUGGUUCGGCACCUGGGCCGCCUGCUUCAAGGGCUCGCUCUGGACCUCCAACUCCAACCUGCGCAAGACCAUUCUCGGCACGUCGCUGCAGAUGAUGCAGCAGUGGACCGGUGUGAACUUUAUUUUUUACUACGGUACGCCCUUCUUCAAGUCGACCGGCGCCGUGACCAACGAGUUCCUCAUGUCCGUCGUCUUCAACAUCGUCAACACCCUGGCAACGCCCUUUGCCUUCUGGGCUGUCGAGAAGUGGGGCAGACGCCCUCUCCUGCUCUGGGGUGCCCUGUCCAUGCUGAUCUGCCAGCUGAUUGUGGCCACCGUCGGCGUCACCGUCGGCUUCAACCACACCCACCCCGACGCGUCCGUUGUCGGCGGCACCGCGGCCGACAACACCCCAGCCGUCAACGCCCAGAUCGCCUUCAUUGCCAUCUUCAUCUUCUCGUUUGCCACCACCUGGGGCCCCGGCGCCUGGAUCGUCAUCGGCGAGAUCUUCCCCCUGCCCAUCCGCUCCCGCGGCAUUGCCCUGUCCACCGCCUCCAACUGGCUCUGGAACUGCAUCAUCGCCGUCAUCACCCCCUACAUGGUCGACGCCCUCGUGUCGUCUGUCUUUUAUGUCUGGUUCGGCCUCUGCACCUGCGCCUUUGUCUACACCUACUUCCUCGUCCCCGAGACCAAGGGCUUGACCCUCGAGCAGGUCGAUCUCAUGAUGGAGGAGGCCACCCCCCGGACCUCGGCCAAGUGGCGGCCCACCAAGACGUUUGCCAGUGGCAUCGCCCACGGCGAGAAGAGCACGUUUGUCAACAACGAGACGGUGCCUCAGGAAGUGCCCGUCUAA